GGGUCGCGGCGCCGGCGUGCGUGCUGCCGGCGCGGAGCUGUGAGGCCGCGGCUUAGAGUGGGCCCCGCCAGCCAGGUCGUGCUGGGGGCGAGGGGAUCAGGAGUGGAGCUGGGUGGGGUGGUGACUGGAGGGCGGAGGAGCCCAAGGAGACAGAGAGGACGAGAGCUAGAGGGAGAUCGGAGAGCGGCGAGAGCGCUACGGAGGGUGGGGUAGGAAAGAGGUACCUGGAGGUGAGACGGUAUGAAACGAGCUUGGAGGGGAGCCCGGGACAGAAAUGGGUGAGGCGGGAAACACGGUGCGGGUUGUGUGGAGUGUGGUCGGUUGGUAAGAUCCGGAGGUGUGACGUUCCCAGGUGAGAGAGGUGGGUUGAGAAAGAAGGCUGAGUGGGGAGAAGGGUCCUAGGGAGACGCCCAGGGGUGGUCAGCGAGUGGAGGAGAGCUGAGCUGGGAUCCAGAGCCAGGUGGGGAACAGGCAGAGUGGGGGGUUCAGUAGGCAGUGGGCAGGUGGGCCGAGGUGUGAGGCUGGUAUAAAGUGAAGGAGGGGCCAGGUGGAGGUGAGGAUGAGUCUAGCUGGGGAGGCAUCUCAGAAGUGAGGCCGGUGCAGACUUAGGGUGGUCCCAGGGCGGAAACCCCACAGUAGGUUGAAGGCUCAGUCAGGUGGUUGCUUCUCCCCCAUGGGGGAGACCUCUCCCUGGUGGUCGCUGGAGCCAUGCUGUCCCGCAAAGGCAUCAUCCCUGAGGAGUAUGUGCUGACGCGUCUAGCAGAGGACCCGAAAGAGCCCCGGUACCGUGCCCGUGAGCGGAGAGCCCGUUUCGUGUCCAAGAAUGGCAACUGCAACGUGGCCCACAAGAACAUCCGGGAGCAAGGUCGCUUCCUGCAGGACGUGUUCACCACGCUGGUGGACCUCAAGUGGCCAUAUACGCUGCUCAUCUUCACCAUGUCCUUCCUGUGCAGCUGGCUGCUCUUUGCCAUGGUCUGGUGGCUCAUCGCCUUUGCCCACGGUGACCUGGCCCCUGGUGAGGGUGCUGCUGUGCCCUGCAUCACCAGCAUCCACUCCUUUUCAUCUGCCUUCCUUUUCUCCAUUGAGGUACAGGUGACCAUCGGUUUCGGCGGGCGCAUGGUGACCGAGGAGUGCCCUCUGGCCAUCCUGAUCCUCAUUGUGCAGAACAUCGUGGGGCUCAUGAUCAAUGCCAUCAUGCUGGGCUGCAUCUUCAUGAAGACUGCCCAGGCCCACCGGCGGGCUGAGACCCUCAUCUUCAGCAAGCAUGCGGUCAUCGCCCUGCGCCACAGCCGCCUCUGCUUCAUGCUGCGCGUGGGCGACCUCCGCAAGAGCAUGAUCAUCAGCGCCACCAUCCACAUGCAGGUGGUGCGCAAGACCACCAGCCCUGAGGGCGAGGUGGUACCCCUCCACCAGGUGGACAUCCCCAUGGAGAAUGGCGUGGGUGGCAAUAACAUCUUCCUGGUGGCUCCCCUCAUCAUCUACCACGUCAUUGACGCCAACAGCCCACUCUAUGACCUGGCGCCCUGCGACCUGCACCACCAUCAGGACCUUGAGAUCAUUGUCAUCCUGGAAGGUGUGGUGGAAACCACGGGCAUCACCACCCAGGCCCGCACCUCCUACCUGGCCGACGAGAUCCUAUGGGGCCAGCGCUUUGUACCCAUCGUGGCCGAGGAGGAUGGCCGCUACUCUGUGGACUACUCCAAGUUUGGCAACACCAUCAAAGUGCCCACGCCGCUCUGCUCGGCCCGCCAGCUGGAUGAGGACCCCAGCCUGCUGGAUGUCCUGACCCUCGCCCGCGGGCCCCUGCGCAAGCGCAGCAUGGCCAUGGCCAAGGCCAAGGCCAAGCCCAAGUUCAGCACCUCUCCAGAUUCCCUGUCCUGAGCCCUGCUCCCUUGGGCCCCCCUCCUCAUGUGCGUGCAGGCCAGUGUGGCAUGGUAUGUAGAGCGGACGUGGUGCAGGCCCCUCGGCCAGGCCAGGACCUGUUAAGAGGCUGGGCCCUCCUCAUCUCAGCCUCAACGCCUGCUGCUCGCCCAGGGUGUUGCAAGGCACUUGUCGCUACUCUAUUUCUGGCCUCAGCAGGAGCCUGUACGGGGUUAUUUUUGUCCCUGCUCCUCCCAGCCCCAACUCAGGACUGGCUUUCCCCCCACCCCGCCCCAGGCUAGGGAAGCUAUGGGAAGUGUCACGCCCUAAAGCUGGGACUCCAUCUAGUCCUUGGCCCCCGCGACUGACUGGCUGCGAGCUGGACGGGUGGCUGGGGAGGAACAGUCCCCAGAUGGGAGGCCUGCUGCUCUGUUUCUGUGGCCCUGAGAGAUGCCUGUGGUGAGGCCCCAGGCCCUACUUGGUCCCUGAAAAGGUGAUGGCCAAAAGGGUGGGCCUGGCCUGCUGGGGAGGGCAAGCAAUGAGGGAGCACAGUCUAGCUGGAGGGCUGGAGAUGUGGAGCCUCCCUGGGGCGGGCUGGGCAGAGAGGAAAUGGCACCGGGAGGCUUACCUUGCUUAGUCCUGCCCAGGCACAGGGAAGGGGAGACAGGCCCCUUACCCCUGACCCCAAGGCCUCUUCAGUGGGGGCUCCAGGGGCUGGGGCUGCUGCACCUGCCUGCUCCCAUUCUGUCCCCAGCCCUGGGAGGCUGGAGUGGGCUGGGGUGGACCCUGGCAUGCCAAGCUGAAAGAGGCUGGGGAGAGACUGGCGUCCUGGGCCCACCACGCUUGGCAAGCCUCAGAUUGUACUCUGGCCUGGCUCCCCCACAGUGGCUGCCCCUCACUUUGUCCAGAGGGUGGCCACGGAGGGCCUUUGGGUUGCUAGAAAAGGAGAUGUUGGAAAGCUCAGGAUGGAGGGGGUGGGUGAGGUCCCUGAGGCAAAAUGUCCCUCGGUCCUGACAGGCUUGACCCCCAAGCCGGACUCUUGGAGCAGUGCUGUGUGUACUUGCCCAGAAUUCUGCCUUCUCCAUUGUCAAUAAAGCCUCCCCCUUCGUGACCUAAACUCUGGGCUGUUCUUGCUGGUGGGCAGGGAGAGCAGGGGCUGGCAGCUUCCAGUCUACAUCUCAGAGGCGCCAUGGACCCUAGCUGGGAGGCCGGGAAAGGGACCUGGGACUGGCCCUCUUCCCCCAGUUCAGAGACUUCCCCUUCCUGCCUUUGGUAGCCCAGCCCUACAAGACCGUCUGAGCAUCUCCACUGGGCACCCAUCAGGCUUAUAGCCCUGAGCCCUGCCUCCACUCCCAGGGGGCUGAUGGAAGGCCGAGGGGCUCAAGGAGAGAGGCGGGUAUGUCACAGGCUUUAGUGUGGCAAUUGGAGCGUUAGCUCUCAAAACAGCUGCUUGAGUUCUAAGACCUUGGUCACAUAACUUAACCUCUCUGUGCCUCAGUUGCCUCAUCUAUAAAGCGGGGAUACUAAUAGUACCUACCUCAUAGAAUUGUUGGAGUAAGUGAAAAGCGUUAUGUCAAAUGCUUGAGUGCCUCGUCCAUAAUAAGUGCUCAAUAAAUGUUAACUGUUGAGACUGCUAUUCAAUCAGCCACGUGGUGAGACAACUGAGCAAGCAAAUGCUGAGAGAAGGUGCUAUUAUAUGUCCCCUGGUGAUGCGUUUCUCUGCCUGGUCUUACUUUCUACACAAUGUCCCCUCCCAGCUCAGACCCUGACGACAGGGGCUGUGACUGCAACUGUUACCUGGGCUUCUUGUCUCCAUCUCAUCCUCUGCACACCAUCUGCCAUGUAGCCACCAGAGUGGUCUUAUUAAAAGACAUCAUUCUCUCCAACGUCAAGUGCCUCCAGUAGUUCCUCAUCACCUUCUGGUCAAGUCUAGACCUGUGACCAGUCAUUUCAGGCUUUGCCUGCUUUCCAGCCCUACAGCUUACUGUUCUCUGGCCAGGACACUGUGUAACCACCCAUCCCGCUGGCAGCCUCAGUAUCCCCUGCUUGUAUUUAUCUUCCUACAUCUGAGCUUUUGCUUAUUUAUUCCCUUUGCC